AGAAAAAAAAGAACGGAAGAGUUAAAGCUAAGCGAGGAGAGGAGGUAGCAGUAAGUAAGAAGAGGCGUCCCAAUCCCACGGUGCCUCGGCCUCGACCGCCUCCCACCGCCGCCGCGCCUCGCUGCUGCUGCCGCGCGCCGCGCCGGAGACCUAGGCGGAGCGUGGAUCCCGAGAUCCCCGGCGGCGCCGCGCGUCCCGAGCUCGGCGGUGGCGGCGGGCGCGCCCCCCUCAUGCCUUUGGCGCCCCGGUCGGAGCCGAUCGGUGGCUGCCUGAGGCGUCAGAGCAGCUCGCCGGGCGCCGGAUAGGCGGAGGAGUCGUGCGGCGGCGGCGGAGGAGGAGGGGGAGGGGGAGAAGGAUGGCGCUCUUCCGCAAGUUCUUCCUCAAGAAGACCCCGGAUCGGCUGCUCGAGAUCUCCGAGCGCGUCUACGUGUUUGACUGCUGCUUUUCGAUGGAUUCCAUGGGUGAGGAUGAGUACCGGGAUUACUUGAGUGGCAUUGUUGCGCAGUUGCAGGAAUUUUUCCCUGAUGCGUCAUUCAUGGUAUCUAAUUUCUGGUCUGGGGACAAGAGGAGCCGGAUUUCAGAUAUAUUAUCUGAGUAUGACAUGACGGUAAUGGACUACCCGCAACAAUACGAAGGAUGUCCGUUGCUUCAACUUGAGAUGAUCCACCAUUUCUUCAAAUCAUGUGAAAAUUGGCUAUCAGUGGAAGGACAGCAGAACAUGCUUUUAAUGCAUUGUGAGAGAGGGGGGUGGCCAGUGCUUGCGUUUAUGUUGGCCGGACUGCUUUUGUAUCGAAAAACAUACACGGGUGAGCAGAAGACACUAGAUAUGGUUUACAAGCAGGCUCGCAGGGAUUUUAUACAACAAUUCUUUCCUUUGAAUCCUCAGCCUUCACAUUUGAGAUAUUUGCACUAUAUAACAAGACAAGGAAUUGGUUCAGAAUGGCCUCCUAUUAGCCAGCCGCUCAUCUUGGAUUCAAUAGUUCUCCAUGGUGUGCCGAGGUUUGACGCUGAAGGGGGUUGUAGGCCAUAUCUGCGUGUACAUGGGCAAGACUCAAGUCCUGGUAGCAAGAAUGCAAAGGUCCUUUUUGAGACGCCAAAGACAAAGAAGCAUCUUCAGCGUUAUGGACAGGCAGAGGUCCCGAUAAAAAUCAGUGCUUUCUGCCGUGUUCAAGGAGAUGUGGUACUUGAAUGCAUUCACAUUGGUGAUAACCUAGAGCAUAAGGAAACAUUGUUCCGAGUCAUGUUCAACACUGCAUUCAUUCAUUCGAACAUCCUUGGACUGAAUCGUGAUGAUAUUGAUGUUGCUUGGAAUGUGAAUAAUCAGUUCCCAAGGGACUUCCGAGCUGAGGUACUCUUUUUGGAUCCUGAUUCAUUCAAGCCUGCUGCUGUCACCGAGGAGGUGGCUGAUGAUGGGGAUGAGACUGAUGUUGCUUCGGUAGACAAUGGAGAGGAAUUUUUUGAAGCAGUGGAGGACUGGCAUGAUCCUAGAAGAGAUCCAGAAACUCAGUCAAUUGACGGUGGAGUAUCAUUAGGUGGCAUUGCAGAAUUGGAUGGUGGGUUGGCAAAUGAAGAAAGGAGCUGCCUUGAGAAGCACCAGACUGACGAGAAUGUGAAGAUUGUUAUCUCCCAGAAUUCAGGUAGCAUGAAUGAAAAACGGCCAAGUGCACCUACCUCAAAUUUUGAGAAUCCAGAAGGUUUGCAGCAGGCACGUGAGGUUCUUGAAAAGUCUAAAUUAAGCAACACAAGUGGCCAAGAGAACAGUGACGUGCAGGACAUACAGGUGGUUGCUACAUCUGUGGAUUCAGUGGGACACAAGUUUGGAUCUAUCUGCCAGGUGGACACAAAAGGUGUAAUUGCACAAACCUUAGUCACAACAAUCGAUCCAAGUUGCAGUGAUGAAAUUCAGUGCCAGGCCGAUGAACCAACAAAAUUCUCGAAAUACCCUGAUUUGGACUACACUGCUUUUGGUGCUCCUAGUAGUUUGUCAUGUACAGAUGGGGAUACCCACUUGAGAACUACGACAAAUGAAGGGCUGCAGAAUGGUGACGUCAAGAUUAUUACUGAGAACACAAUAAACGUGGACAAUGAGAUAGUGAUCUAUGAAGAGAAAACUAUAGUUGACAAUGGUAACCUGAUACAUGAAGUAAAAAAUGUUGUCAACGAAAAGAGCGUUAUGUCUAAGAUAAACAUAACAACUAUUGAGAGUAUGGAUUCACAAGAUACCAACAAUUGCAAGAUUAAAACUGCCAAACCUUCUGAUACAGCUGAUGGCAAAUUGGAUCUGGGUAAAUUAGAGUCUGGCCUUGAAGGUACCAUACCUACAAAGAAAACCAGUCUGCAUGACAGAAUUGUUGUGUUAACAGCCACUGAAGUAGCAACUGAAAUAAAAACCAAGCGAGAGGGGCCUGGUGGCAAGCAAGAUUUUGGUAUAGCUCUUCCUCAAAGUGGAACAGUAGCCAGGGCUAUGAGUCCUAGGAUUGGAAGCGAUGACCGAAGGCAAAUCCCUGAUAAAGCUGUGUCAUCAGUGUUGAAGAAGCUUGGGCAUAACGAACAACUGGAAGAACAACCAAAGGCUGUGAGACCAGAAACAAUACGUAGAUGGAUCUCACCAAAGAAGGAAUCUGAUGCUACCUCUGUGCAUAGGCCGUCUCAUCCUCCAUCCAGAUAUGACAGUUCACCAGCUGCAUUGGCUAUUCUAUCCAUGUCUACAGAUGGCAAAGUCAAUGUUGUAAAUGAUGCACCUCUAGCAUCACUGAGAGAACCAUAUAGCAAUCACUUAAUACAAGAAGCAACAUCUGCACUGUUUGCUCCACCGCCUCCACGACAACCCUUGUUACCAGGUGCACAAACUGCAUCAAGAAGCCAAGUUACAGCUCCUCCACCGCCUCGGCCUCCUCCACCACCUCCACCCAAUUCUUCUUCAAGUUCAAUGCCUAUGCACAGGGGGCUAGCUUCAACAGGUUUGUCAAACAUACCUCAACCUGCCUUUCCACCUAUGUCUUCUAGAGCACAUAAACAGACAUUUGCCCCUCCCCCUCCACCUCCUCCCCCACCCCCACUCCCGAGGUCAGGUGUAGGUGGAAAUGCUCCACCUCCACCACCUUCUCCACGGUUAAAUGGUAGUGGUGUUACUCUAUUUCCACCUCCACCUCCACCACCGCCACCAAGGUUAAACAACAAUGCAGUCGCUCCGCCGACGCCACCGCCACCACCACCAAAAUUGAGCUCAAGUGUUCCACCCCCACCUCCUCCACCCCCAUCAACACGUUCAAGUGCUCCUGCGCCACCACCACUGCCACCACCAUCGUUGCGUUCUAAUGCUCCACCACCACCUCCCCCUCUGCCACCUCCAGCAUGUUCUAGUGCUCCUCCACCACCACCUCCUCCUCCUAUGACACAUUCAGCAGCACCCCCUCCCCCUCCCCCUCCCCCUCCCCCUGGCCGAGGAGCACCCCCACCUCCUCCCCCUGGUGCACGCGCAGGCCCUCCACCCCCUCCAGAUGCUCGUCGAGGCCCUCCACCUCCUCCACCCCCUCCAGGUGCUUGUCCAGGCCCUCCACCCCCUCCAGGUGCUUGUCCAGGCCCUCCACCCCCUCCAGGUGCACGUACCGGUGCUCCGCCUCCACCUCCACCAGUUCCAGGGCCAGGAGCGCAACCUCCUCCAGGUCCACGAGCAGGAGCUCCACCUCCCCCACCCCCGCCUGGUGGUGGUGGGAAAGCACCUUCUGCACCUGGAGGGCGGUUUGGUGCCCCUCCUGCACCUCCUCCUCCAGGUGGACGUGUACCAGGUGCACCAGCUCCACCUAGAGCACCAGGUGUGCCACCACUACCAGGAAGUAACCCCUCCUUAGGUAGAGGACGUGGGGCUCUACGCCCUAUGGGAUCAGCUUAUGGGGCUGCUGCCUCACGCAAAUCAACCUUGAAGCCAUUGCAUUGGGUCAAAGUGACAAGGGCUCUGCAAGGUAGUCUGUGGGAAGAAUUGCAGCGUAAUGAUGACUCACAGAGUGUUUCGGAGUUUGAUUUAUCAGAACUGGAGAGCCUUUUUCCAGCAGCUGUUCCAAAGUCUGAUGACAGCUUAAAAUCUGAUUCACGUAGAAAAUCGCUUGGAUCAAAACCAGAAAAAGUUCACCUAAUUGAGUUGAGGAGGGCAAACAACACAGAGAUCAUGCUGACAAAAGUGAAGAUGCCACUCUCAGAUUUGGUGAGUGCGGCUCUGGCGCUGGAUCAAUCUACCUUGGAUGUUGAUCAAGUAGAGAAUCUCAUAAAGUUCUGUCCAACUAAAGAAGAAAUGGAACUUCUCAAGAAUUACACAGGAAACAAGGAAAAUCUUGGGAAGUGUGAACAGUUCUUCUUAGAAUUGAUGAAAGUGCCACGAAUGGAGUCAAAACUGCGAGUGUUCUCCUUCAAGAUCCAGUUUGUUUCACAAGUCGCAGAUCUUAGAAAAAGCUUGAAUACCAUAGACUCUUCUUGUAACGAGAUCCGAACUUCACUCAAGUUGAAAGAAAUAAUGAAGAAAAUCCUUCUCCUUGGGAAUACAUUGAACCAGGGUACUGCUAGAGGUGCCGCUGUUGGCUUCCGGUUGGACAGUCUUCUGAAACUUACAGAUACCCGGGCAACAAAUAAUAAGAUGACACUAAUGCACUACCUCUGCAAGGUACUUGCCGCAAAAUCUCCACAGCUUUUAAACUUCUAUGUGGAUCUUGUUAGUUUAGAUGCUGCAUCAAAGAUACAACUAAAAAUAUUGGCAGAGGAAAUGCAAGCUGUUAGUAAAGGAUUGGAAAAGGUUCAGCUGGAGUAUGAUGCUUCAGAAAGGGAUGGUCCAGUAUCAGAAAUUUUUCGUGAGAAACUGAAGGAGUUCACUGACAAUGCUGGAGCUGAUGUGCAGUCAUUGUCUUCAUUGUUUUCUGAAGUGGGAAAAAAGGCAGACACACUGAUUAAAUAUUUUGGUGAGGAUCCUGUUCGUUGCCCCUUUGAACAAGUUAUCUCUACCCUCCUAACAUUCAUAACAACAUUCCGAAAGGCGCAUGAGGAGAACCUCAAGCAAGCCGAGCUUGAGAAGAAAAAAGCUGAAAAAGAGGCAGUAGCAGAGAAAUCUAAAAGCUCACAGUUAACUAGCAAAAAUGACUCUAAACCAUCAAAUCCAAGCCGGCAAGCAAAACAAACCUUAGAGAGGACAAGGUCUACAAGCAGACGAGGAAGAGACGUUGGAUGAUCCUGGAUGGCCAACUCUUCUGCUGUGCUUCUGAUCUGCUUUCGGGGCAAAUAGAUGCCCGGCUCAAUGCAUUGUCAGGCAAGGAAAGUUUUGUGAAUGGAUGCUAGCAUCAAUAGGUGCAGCGUGAUUGCAUCGUAGCAACUGUACAGGACGUCCUCUGCGGUCUCACUGGCGAAGGCCAACUAUUUUUUUAUACGUCGGCCAGCAGGGUCCAGUGCCAACAUCUGACUGCUGUAAAGAGCUAAUAGUGAAGCUAACUUAAUUCUUUCUUUUGUUAUUUUAUGUUACCUGUCCAUUCUUUCUAACACCGGUGACCAAGGAUAGCCAUGGCUUCAAAAAAAAGUGCAGCCUGGCACGAAGGUGGAAAAUUGUACAAAUAGGCAUUAGGGAAAAAGGGUAUGAAGAUAAUCUAGGAGCAAAGAGUGUGUGUCAGAGAGAAAUAUGAGAUGGAAACUCGCGCUUAGUGCAGUCCUAAUUGUUGUAGUGAAUAUACCAUCUCUUUCCAUGGUGCAGUGGAUGUGUUAUCUUCCCUAUGAUUCGUUGUCUGAUGACCGUGUGAGCUUCACUGUC